AUGGCUGCUGGGUCAGCAGAAGAGAAGUCGCUCACAGAAGGGGCGCCACGCAUCAAGUUCGCAUGCCACCCUUCCACCGAAGAUGCAGAACACAAGCUGGGACCUCUCUUCUCGGAGUUUCGCAGCCUCUGCGACGCGCUGUCGGGUGCUGCGAUCAUGCUGGAGGAGAUUGGCGCAGCGCCCGUACUGCCUGACGGUUUCGUUGCUGGCAACUGCUCCGCGCUGCUGCAGGGAGCAGCGGAGGAGAUGCUUCUUGUGACAAGAUCAGGGAAGGAUGCAGGUGUGCGGCCCAGUGAAUCAGACUUCGUGGCUGUCCAAUCCUUCGAUUGGAACGAGUGGAGCUGCUGCUUCUGCCCUGCGAAGAUAGGGGCACGACCCACAUCUGACACGCCCUUGCACUGGGCUUGCAUCAUGAAAGCCGCGGAGACGUUCAGCUGGCCUGAGCGGCCAUUGGUCGCCUUGCACGGGCAUGCUCUUGCCGAGAAGGAGGGUCUGGAGAAGGCCAAAGCACUCAAGCUCCCGAUCAGUCACGAGGAGACGCUCUUCAGCACGCCAGAGGACGUUGACGCCCUGAUGGAGCUGUUCAAAGUCUUCCCGUAUCCGCAGAACAAGGUGUUCAUCCGCAAGGGUCACGGGUUCUUGAUUCUGUCCAGCAGUGUCGCGGCUGCUGUGGAGGAGCUUGAGAGGCUUGAGCCACACUUCGAGCAGAGGCCGUGCAAGCGGAGAAACACGGAGGAAAACUGGGUGCUUCAUCGCGUUGCCAAAGAGGCGGCGAUUGACACAGACCAGAAGGAGUGUGCGGUCCUGGGUGCACUUGGUGCCCGUGCAGGGACCGCAGUUGCAAAGCUGGGCACUCUCGGAUCCGAGGCGCAGGCCGCGGAGGAUGUGGAGGCGGCGGCGGCGCGUCGCUGCCUGGAGGACCUCCGAAGCCGUCUGGAAGCGAUCUCCGAGGCCUCGGAGGACGAAGCUUUGGAGAUGCUCAUGCCGGCGAAGGAGCUCUUGGAGGGCUCCGCUUCGUUGAUGCUGGUGAACCGGAUGGGCAGCUUCGAGCACUUCGAGUCCUCUCUUUCUGAGCCCCUCCACGAGCUCUGGGAUUUUGCCUCGGACCACCCGCCCGUCGGAGCGAGAAUCGUGCUGAAAGGACUGGCAGCCAAGGACUGGCAGCAGCAAAGCCCUGCGGAGCAAGGGGCCGAGGAGCUCGUGUCCGUGGUCCUCAGAAUGGUCCUGUGGGCGAGGCAGCAGCUGAAUUCGAUGCUGCAGGAUGACCAGAAGGCGGAGCAGAAAAGGUUUGCACAGGCUGGCAUGCGAAAGCUGCUGGUUCUUCUUCCGCAAGGAGCUGGUGCGCCACAAGUCCUUUGCGAGCAGCGAGACUUCGCACUCGACUACCCCUGGCCUCUCUCGCUGCUCUUGCCGUGUCUCGUUAAGUCCUUCUGCAGACCUCAUGUUCCUGCGGAUUCCUACGGCCGCCUGACAAGCAUGAAGAUGCCAGGAUUCAAGCUCGGGACUGUGGCUGAUGUCGAAGAGGUCCCUGCAGCCCCGGAGGCAGUGGAGAGCAAGCCAAUGUGGUCGAAGCUCACCGAUACGAUGGUUCAGUACGUUGGCGACUUUGCAGAGUGGUGGGUGUCGCCCUACACUUUGCCAGAGGAAGAAGAAAGCGACGAUGACGAGGAGGACAAGGAGGCGGCCUUGCUGAAGAGGAAGGCAUCGAGGUUGGAGAGACCGGUGCUGGAUCGAAUCGUCAACAGCAAUGGCUUCGAGGCUUCCAGCAUGGCUUCCAUCAUUCUUUGCAUGUUCUUUCUGGGCGCAGACGCAGCCUGCUUCCCAAACUGCGAUGCGGGGAUGAAGGAUUUCUAUGAAGUCAUGAACAACGUGUUUGUCUUCCUUUUCUUGGCAGAGUGGAUCCUGCGUGUUCUGAAAGACGGCAAAGCAUACUUCAUCCCCGUGAAGGCCGAGCACGUCUUCGACACCCUCAUCGUCUGGGUUUGCGGUGUGCUGCUUGGGUGGGUUAUUCCUCUAACUCAAGAUGUUCAACGCAGCCCGAUUACACAGUCCUUGAACGUUCUCAGAAGUAUGCGGACUCUACGAUUCUUCAACUUUUUGAAGACCUUCGAGAGCUUUAAGAUGCUUCUGGCUGGAAUCCUCGGGACGGCCACCACGCUGGCAGCAUGCGUAGCUUUGCUGGCAAUGGUGGACCUGUUGUUUGGCAUCCUAGCAAUCGAGCUCAUUGGCAACUUCGAGGCGUGGGGAAAUGCGCCGCGAGGAACUGCUGCUUGGAACUUCCAGAGUGGGCUGAUUCAAGCCUGCCUGGGCAUGACGCGGUUCAUCUUCUUUGACAAUGCCAUUAACGUCACGGAGGAGCUUUUAGUCGAGCAGCCUUUCAUCUGGAUAUUCCUUUUCCUCUAUAUUGCCAUCUCAGCAUAUGUCAUUCUCAACUUAGUCACGGCUGUGAUCUGCGAGAAGGCUCAGUCCAUGACGCAGGAGAAUGCAGCGGAGAUGGCUAAAGAGCUACGAGCAGAAGAGAAGAGGACUUUGAAGGAGCUCAAAAAUCUUUUCCUGAGACUUGAUGCCGACGGCAGCGGACAGGUCACCAUGGAGGAGUUUGAUGCAGCCUUUACAGUCCCAGAAUGCAGGGACAAGUUCCUGUUGCUGGGCUUCGAUGAGGACGAGGCCAAGAGACUCUUCAAGGUGCUCGAUGCAGAUGGUGAAGGGGAGCUCAGUGUAUCUGAAUUCACCAGAGGUAUGGCAGAGGUGAAGGGCGAGGCGACAUCCAGAGGAAUGCUGAUCGCGAAGAAGAAGGCCGAAAAGCUGGAGAAGCUGUUGCUGAAAGCGCUUCCACCGGACACCACUGCCGGAGGCGAGGGCGACCGGCUUGCGCUGGAGGAGGCCGAGCCAGAGAGAUUUGGUGAUCUGCUUGAAACUCAAAUGCGAGGCCUUGAGGAGGCAGCAAGACUUCGUCUGGACGACAUACAGAAGCAGUGCUCCGUGGCAAAGUCUGCAGCAAAGGAUUUGGAGGAUCUGCUCAACAAGAUCCGAAAGAAGUCGGGCUUGGAUGCUCCUUCUCCAAACUUCGACUUCGAGGUGCACUGA